CAAGUGACCUUUUUUUCAAACCAUCUCGAGAUUUGGAAUCUUGGCGAGCAGGAUACAUGGCGCAAGAACUUGGACCGAAGUGGGACCGCUGCUUGGCAGACACCGCAGUGAAAACUGUAACUGGCCUGGGCGUUGGGAUCGUCUUCUCUGUCCUUCUCUUUAAACGACGCACAUUGCCUGUCUCGUUUGGUGCAGGUUUGGGUUUGGGCAUGGGCUACUCCAACUGCCAGAAUGACUUCAGGUCGUCGUACUUGAUUCAUGGCCGCGUGGUAAAGGACCAGCAGUGAAGGAUUAAGGAGGAUGCGGGCGGAUUCACCACAUAAGCAUCUGUUUCGUGUUGCUCUCCUAAUGUGACUCCACCACUUAUGUCCACUGUUGCCCUGCUUGGGCCACUCGAUGUAUAUUUAAUAAAGUGACUAAAGAGGAUUCUAUUGCA